AUGGCGUUCCAUGUGGAAGGACUAAUAGCUAUCAUCGUGUUCUACCUUCUAAUCUUGUUGGUUGGAAUAUGGGCUGCUUGGAGAACCAAAAACAGUGGCAGUGCCGAAGAGCGGAGUGAAGCCAUAAUAGUUGGUGGUAGAGACAUUGGUUUGCUGGUGGGUGGAUUUACCAUGACAGCUACCUGGGUUGGAGGAGGUUAUAUCAAUGGAACAGCUGAAGCAGUGUAUGUUCCAGAAUAUGGUCUAGCUUGGGCUCAGGCACCAAUUGGAUACUCUCUGAGUCUGGUUUUAGGUGGUCUCUUCUUUGCCAAACCUAUGCGCUCAAAGGGGUACGUGACCAUGUUAGACCCAUUUCAGCAGAUCUACGGAAAGCGCAUGGGUGGGCUCCUGUUUAUUCCUGCGCUAAUGGGAGAGAUGUUCUGGGCCGCAGCUAUUUUUUCUGCUCUAGGAGCCACCAUCAGCGUAAUCAUUGAUGUUGAUGUGCAUGCUUCUGUCAUUGUCUCCGCACUCAUUGCCAUCUUGUACACCCUGGUGGGUGGUCUCUACUCAGUGGCCUACACUGAUGUUGUCCAACUUUUUUGCAUAUUUGUAGGCCUGUGGAUCAGUGUCCCAUUUGCAAUGUCCCAUCCUGCAGUUACUGACAUUGGAUAUACAGCUGUGCAUACCAAAUACCGGGAGCCUUGGCUGGGGACCAUUGAAUCAUAUGAAGUCUAUACUUGGCUUGAUAAUUUUCUGUUGUUGAUGCUGGGUGGAAUUCCAUGGCAAGCGUACUUUCAAAGGGUUCUUUCUUCAUCCUCAGCCACCUAUGCUCAAGUGCUCUCCUUCCUGGCAGCAUUUGGGUGCCUGGUAAUGGCUGUACCAGCAAUACUUAUUGGAGCCAUUGGAGCAUCAACAGACUGGAACCAAACUACGUAUGGGUUUCCAGAUCCCAAGACUAAAGAGGAAGCAGACAUGAUUUUGCCAAUUGUUCUUCAGUAUCUGUGCCCUGUGUACAUUUCUUUCUUUGGUCUUGGUGCAGUCUCUGCUGCUGUUAUGUCAUCAGCAGAUUCUUCAAUCUUGUCAGCAAGUUCAAUGUUUGCUCGGAACAUCUAUCAGCUUUCAUUCAGACAAAAUGCAUCAGACAAGGAAAUCGUCUGGGUCAUGAGAAUCACGGUACUUGUGUUUGGAGCAUCUGCAACAGCCAUGGCCUUGCUCACAAAGACAGUAUAUGGUCUCUGGUACCUCAGCUCAGAUCUUGUUUACAUCAUCAUCUUCCCACAACUGCUUUCUGUGCUCUUUGUUAAGGGAACUAACACAUAUGGAGCUGUAGCAGGUUACAUUUCCGGCCUUUUCCUACGAAUAACUGGUGGAGAGCCAUAUUUACACCUUCAGCCCUUAAUCUUUUACCCUGGUUACUAUUCUGACAAGAAUGGUACAUAUUAUCAGAGAUUCCCAUUUAAAACUCUUGCAAUGGUUACCUCAUUCAUAUUCAAUGUUUGUAUUUCUUAUCUAGCCAAAUACCUAUUUGAAAGUGGAACCUUGCCACCAAAAUUAGAUGUGUUUGAUGCUGUUGUUGCAAGACACAGUGAAGAAAACAUGGAUAAGACAAUUCUGGUCAAAAAUGAAAAUAUUAAGUUAGAUGAACUUGCACCUGUGAAGCCUCGACAGAGCAUUACUCUCAGUUCAACUUUCACCAACAAAGAGGCCUUCCUUGACAUCAAUUCCAGUCCAGAUGGAUCUGGGACCGAAGAUAAUCUAUAGUAAUCCCUGCAAAAAUAAAACUGCUUUCUCAAACAGGCUAGUCCUGAAAGUAUGGUGUGCAGCAUAUAAAAAUAUAUUUUAAAAAAUACAAAAGGCCAAAUACCCAUAUGAAAGUGCAAUUUUACAAACGCAAAGAUAGUAGAAAAUACUUCAAAAAGCAGUGGCUUUCUCUCAUUGAUACAUUCUCAUUUGAUUUUGAGUUCAAUA